UUCCAAAGAUAAAAGUAAAUCUUGAAACUGUAUCAAAGAAUCAAAAUGAGCGACAAAGAGAAAAGAGAUACUUCAUCCUUUGAAAUCGCCAUGGCGGUCAUAGGUGUCGUCGGAGCCAUUGCGGGCUUGUUCUCCGGGAUGGGAUCAGGACCGGACAUGAAGACAAUGAAGGCUCCUGGUAAGGAUGGUCGCAUUUUCAGGGAAGUUUUUGAGAGCGACCCGAAAGGGUAUUUCAGGAACCUGCGUAAGAAAUGAAUGAUGAUAAGUGUGGGAUUAAUACUUCUGAUCUCUAGUAUGUGAUGAAAUAAUAAGAAUAAUGACAAUAAUGGAUAUGGUGCAUAUGAUAUGUCAUAUGACCCUAUGAUCGUUAUGUAAUAAUGAAGUUU